GAUGGCGACUGCUCCAACCAGCCAAAAUGCCACUGCAAGAAUACAAGCCAACAAAAAACAAACUUUAGAAGAUGCAUAUGGGUUGCCGGCCAAUUUUCUAGAAAUAGACGUGGUUAAUCCACAAAUACAAGGAGUUGGCAAGAAAAGAUAUACUGACUAUGAAGUCAGAAUGCGAACAAAUUUACCUGUAUUUAAGCUGAAAGAGUCCACAGUACGAAGACGAUUUAGUGAAUUUAAAUGGUUACGAAAUGAAUUAGAUCGAGAUAGCAAGAUUGUGGUGCCACAGCUACCCAGCGAGGCUCUAAAAAGACAAAUCUCCCUUUGGAGUGACGACAGCAUGUUUGAUGAUGACUUUAUUGAGCAGCGACGAAAGGGAUUGGAACAGUUUGUCAAUCGAGUUGCAGGCCAUCCACUUGCACAAAACGAGAAGUGUUUACAUAUUUUUCUUCAAGAGCCAACAAUCCCGAAAGACGGCUUUGUACCUGGAAAAGUUCGUACCACUUGAAAGGGUUAAGGAGGACUGGACUCAAUUUCAGUAGAGAAACACCCAUCUCCAUUGAUCAUAACAAACUGAUUUGGUCACAUGUCACGAACUUGAGACUCAUCACGUAACAUGGUAAAAAAUCAUCAUUUUGGAACCGAUUCUUUUUAAAAAAUAAUUUUUUGAGAUAUUUGUAAUGAGCAACUUUGUUUGACUUGUAUUGUUUAAUGGAAAAUGGAAUACAGCGUUGAUUUUCUCUCUUUUGGGGAGAAAAAUUUUUUUUGCAAUUUUUUGAGAAAUUUCUAAAUGUAAACCCUCUUAAAUCUCUCACAUUGGUGCGAUCAUAUCUUGUUUCCUGAUUUUAUCGGAAGAACCAUGUCCUUCAUGUCGGGUCCCCAGUUCGUGACUUGCCGCCAUUUGAACUCAUCCACAUCAGCCACACAUGCAUAUGCAGAGCUAAAAUCAAUGAAUGAUCUUUCUCGGUAGGUUUCAUCAGGUUUGGUUUCGACAUAGACCCAUGCCAACCUUGUGUGUUUUGUGGACCCAGGCAUUGAUUUUAACUAGCUUUGUGUGUGUGUGUCUUGAGGCUACUGGGUGAUUGAGGCUAAACAUGCUAAAUGAAUAGCCUUGUCCUGGAAUAAAAACCGGCAGAUGGAUGUGCUGAAGAAUUGUUUUGAUGAAAAUACAUGUAUGUUACAGGAGAUCGAAGUUAGUUAAAAUUGAAUUCUGUAAUUGUGUGCAUUGGUCAGUGUCUGUGCCACGUUAAUGUACAGCGACUCUUGUUUUGCAUGCUGUUGAUCCAAGUGCUGGUAAAUGCAUGAAUCGAAGUCGUGCCGAACUGACUGAAUUUCAGAAAACUAACAGAUAUUUUAACCAAAGCAUUUUGCUUCAGCACAAAGACCGUUAAUGAUUAAUUUGAUGAAUGAUUAACUUGAUUUUCUACUAUUGGCCGAAAACUAAAAAAUGUAAAAAUACUGUUUGAUGUAUUUUUUCUACUUGGCUGUGUUGUGAACUCAUUGAUAGUGCAGAAAUGUGAAAUCAAAAAUAAAUCAAGACUAAUCUAUCAGUAAAAUGUUUUAAAAAUUGAUUUCACAGCGAAAGUUGGUCAAAAACUCAUAUUGUACAUAACUUAGACCAGUCUAACAAAAUGAUAUUGUCAUCACUUUUAGCACUUGCAGUCAAGAACUGAUUAUUCUUGAUGAGUGUUGGAAGUAGCAAGAUGAUAUUGAUUAGAAUUGAAAUUAAUUAAUUCAGCAAGAUGUCUAAUUUCUGUGUAAAGCCGUUUACUCACUCCAUCAAUAAAUCAUAGCAACUGACCAAAUUUUUAGGGCUUGUAUACACCUGUGACCUUUCUAGAACGUUUCUGCAACAAAUCAGAGUUAUUUGUGCAACAAAACAUAGCUAAACGUUUAAGAAAUGUUACACAAUGUCAUUGAAUGUGCACAGGACUCGACUUACUUGAAACGUUUUGAAAACAGUUUAGAAAUGUUGUGGAAGAAUUGACAAACCAAUUCUUCUACAGCACUGUAUACACAAAAAAUGUUUUUUGCUCAACCAGUCAGUUCCAACAAUUCUGCAACACGGCUCAAAGUGUUAUAGAAAAGUCGCAGGCAUAUAGAGAGUUUUGUGGUUUCAAAUACUUUUGGUCACAGAAUCAUUGUUCAAGUGUUGGAUACAUCAACUAGAUAUGUCAACGUCAACAAGGUUUGAAAUAAGUGGUGGGAUGAAGCAGUCUUCAUCUUCUUCAGCGUUGGAUUCAGCAGUAUUCUUCCUCCAAGGCUGAAUGAGCGUUUCUGCGUGCCACUAAGGUAUUGGUCUAGUGACUACGACUUCGGCCAGGCCUAGUGACGCCAACUUCGGCCAGAGGAAGAGUCCAUGCAAACUACUCAUGUUUCUCACUUGGUGGGGUCUUUAACCUGCGCCGGCAUAGAUACCAGAUACAAGGAACCUCGGUUUUAAGUCUCAUUCAUAGGACUGUGAAGAGCCAGAAAUUUUAGUUCCUUGAUAGCCAGUAGCAGUUUCCUGCACAUUUUUGCCUAAUUGGGCGUGUUCAAACAUGUCAAAUGGAGGUACAGAAUUCAGUGCAUUUCCAUCAAAAUUGCUCGUCAAUUUUCAACAAAUCUUGGAAAUUUGAUUGGCUACACUAUUUACAAGUUCUAUUUCAAGCCUUGUGUCUCAGAAACACUUGGUAACAACUCCAUAAUCAUCAAAUUAUUCACUUGUAGAAUGUAGGCCUUAGUUUUUUGCAUGGUGACUUUGAGUUUCUGUAAACUGUGACAUUUUCGUGAGCGUUUUAUUUUCAUGAAUGCGCUAUCAAAAACACGAACUUAAAGUGUGUGACGCUUAUUGAAAACCUCUUUAAAUUUUGGCGGCGGAUUGAGUCGUUAGUUGAAAAUGAGCAAAUUUGCCAACUUUUAAAUUACAGCCAUUUCAUGGUUUACCAUAUGCAAACCAAGUCAUGUUGCAUAACUGUUUCACUGUCAAGUCAACUGCCGUCUCCAGUGUCGGGCCAAGGAGUCUCCUUCAGUUCGUCAUAUCCAAAUCCUUCAGCGCUUUCUUCCUUAAAGUUAAGGUGUAGUGGUACAAUUAUAUCCUAUACAGUGUAAAAAGGAGGUGGCUGUAAGCAUUAAUGGAAACCGAGGCCAUAAUUGUACCUACCAUCUUGCCUUACAUGUACCCAACUUGUAUAUUUUUAAAGGAACACUGUUUUGAUUGACUAAAUGCUGAAAAUAUAUAUAUGUUUUGUCGCUAGUAAGAUGUAUCGUCCUGUAAUUGUUUUAUUUAUCAAGUGUCAUGUCUGUAUUUACGGCGUCAUUUAGUUGGAGAGGUCAUUAAAAGACACGCUUCGUGAAUAAAUGUACCCUCCUUUAAAUACUAUACCUCUGGAGCCACCUAUGAACAGAAAGUGAACUUCUGUUUCAUGCUGAAUCACAGGCAUUUCCAUGAGAGUUCAUUUUAAAAUUUUGUUCAUACAUGUUGUCAUUUAAAAAACAGUUUUGUUCAUGAGCCUGCCUCAUGUGGGGGAUCAGUGGACAAGUGGUUAGAGAGUCAGUCUUAUAACCAGGAAGUCGUAGGUUCGGUUCUCGGAUAGAUCAACACUGUUUCAUCUUUGUGUCCUUCGGCAAGGCACUUAACCCUACCUGCUCUCUCCACUGAGGAGUAAAUGGGUGCCAGGCUUGCCUAGGAAGUUAACCUGCGAUAGACCAACAUCCUAUCCAGGGGAGUAAUACUCUUAGUUGCUUAAUGCUGGGGAAUCAGGGAUAAGCUCUGGUGCGGGCGAUAGCCCAGCUGACUUUAACUUCUUUUUUAUAACAGCCUCAGGUCCCUGAUUAUUAUAGAUCCUGGCUUGACAAGUGUGUCAUUGACAUCGGAAUUCCUCGGCAUUAUUAGCUGGAACUGUAGGUACACAGCUAAUUCAAGAUAAGUUGAUGUUGACGUCAUGCUAUGUUUACUUCAUAGUAAGUUGAUGUUGACUUCAUAGUAAGUUGAUGUUGACUUCAUGGUAAGUUGAUCUUGACUUCAUGGUAAGUUGAUGUUGACAUCAUGGUAAGCUGAUGUUGACUUCAUGAAGUUGAUCUUGACUUCAUGGUAAGUCGAUGUUGACUUCCUGGUAAGUUGAUGCUGACUUCAUGGUAAUUUGACAUUGCAAAACAUCAGUCACCUCUCCAGCUUUGGUCUACGUCAUGAAGUAUAUAAAUCAUGCAUUGUAAAUUUGCUUGAAUACAUUUUAUACAUGUCCAUCUAUUUCAGUACCAUGCAGCUUUUUAGUAGCCAAGGGUCUGCAUCCAAAAGACUCUGAAGUAGCAACUGUAAGACCUAGUGGCAACUGUCUUGUCAUGUACUUUUGUAACACCCUGUAUAAUUUCUUAAAUCUGCGUAUACUGUCAUUCUGAGUCCGGUUUUGAUGUUGUCUCAAUCAUCUCAAUUUCGCAACCUGAGUAGGAAUGUAUGCCUGCUUCAAGUAAGUUUUAUUUUCGUCAAAUUGUUAUGUUAGGCCUACAUUGCAGUUAGUGUAGAAGUGAUUAGAUGAUGUAUAUCUGCAGUCCGAAAUGGGUGUACAAAUUGUAUCAUUGGGUCUAUGAUGUGUAUCUGCAGUCCAAAAAGGUUUUUUUGUUGAUAACGUCAUCUAUACAACUAACUGUAGAUCAACCUCUGCGUUCAAUUGCCACCAGAUGUUACAGUACUAACUUUGGAGUAAUUGGAUCUUAGAAAUAAAGACAAGUAAAUGCUUUUGCUUCAGUUUUGUACAGAAGGGUAUUAAUGUACACGGAAGUUUUCAGUGAAGGCAUUUACUAGUCUUUAUUCUCAUCAGCCAUUGUCUUGUAUCUUGUUAGUGCAAUCCACUUCUGUAUAAUGCUUGUGCAACGUGAUAUGAAGCCAUGAUUCUCCUUGGAAAUUGUGGUACACAUGUACAAGUGUCUGAUGAUUCGCCUUAACUCUUUAAGCCUGCAAGCCGUUUAUACACGGUCUGCCAUAUUUGAUUUCACAGCCGCAAACCGUAUACUCGCGGUUUUCCACAGCAGGUGUGGGAACAAAAUUAAAGGAGGAGUCCUGAAUUUAUUAUCAUUUGCGAUGGCCUUAAUUUAUGCAUGACUAAACACUUCCUUUAAUGAGGCACUACUGAGCCAUCUAAAAUCCUCCAUUGUUUACAUACAAUUUACAGUAAAACCUCCAUUUGCAGAUACCUCUCUAUUAAGGACAUCCUUUCUAUUAAGGACACUAGCUUUUGGUCCCAAAUUGGUUGUUUCCAUUCGAUUUGACCUCUCUUAUCAGGACACCUCUCUAUUAAGAACAGUACUUGUCAGUCCCGAGGGGGUUGCAAAUGUAAUUUCUCAGGUACUCCACCUUUAACAAAUUAUGGCGAGAUAUUCUUCAUUCUCUGGAGGAGAUUUCCUGAUAAUUUCUGUACAUUAGAUUAGAAUUAGAUGUUCAAGAUGCAAUUUCAUGUAACCAUGGUUACCAGUCAUUAUGGUGAUGGUCACAUCAUUUAGCCUACUCUGUGGUCACUUUACAUCAUUGCGAUGUUGAUUGCUCGAAAUAAACUUAUCAUGUCUUAA